AGAUUCCCAAUUGUCAACGUUUCUCUCCUCUCUCUCGCUCUUUCCCAAAUUUUGUUCCUUUCUUAUUCUUCAUAAGAUAUUCUGGUAACAAGUUUAUAAUAAAGAAAGGGGCCUUUUCUUUUGUAAUUUUUUUAUUACCCUCAUUUUCGAUCAGAAACCCUAAUUUGUUUCAUUUUCUGCGGUUGAUUGGAACUCAGAAGUGCUACAGAAACAGUCAAAGCUAAUCCUCCAUGGCCAAAAGCUCCUUCAAGCUCGAACAACCACUCGAAAGGAGGCAGGCAGAAGCUGCUCGGAUCAGGGAGAAGUAUCCUGACAGAAUUCCGGUUAUUGUGGAGAAGGCUGAAAGAAGUGACAUACCAGACAUUGACAACAAAAAGUAUCUGGUUCCUGCUGAUUUGACGGUUGGGCAGUUUGUUUAUGUAGUCCGAAAGAGGAUUAAGCUCAGUGCCGAGAAGGCCAUAUUUAUAUUUGUGAAUAACAUUUUGCCACCCACUGCUGCUAUGAUGUCUGCUAUCUACGAGGAAAACAAAGAUGAAGAUGGUUUCCUCUACAUGACCUACAGCAGUGAAAACACAUUCGGUUAGUUCUGAUGAAAUCAAGCAGAGAUUGUGUAUCUUAGAAAUCAGAGUCACUCAACGAUGACAGUAUCUUAGAGUAGACAACAAAUACAAUGAGCAUGUAAUCAACAUAAGCAGACUACUUUUCGCUCGAUGAAAACUGAAUAGAUCAUUUUAAACUUAAA